CGAUCGAUCCAUAAUCAUUUUCUGAGACGUUUUAAAGACGUCCAUGGCUGAUUGUCCUUGUAAACAUCCAUGGGUCUAUAACUAGUCAUAGCUCCCAUUUAAGGCCAACUUCUGAAAAUCACUUGCACAAAUAGUUUACAAGUAUUAAUGUCGAUAUAAAGUUUAACUCAAAUAAGUUUUAUAUGUACAGAAAUCAUGGUACUAAAUAAGUUUGCGAUCGCUCCAUAAUUUACUCAUAUACUCGGUGUAGUUUAUUAAAAAGUCAUGAUUGACCGACUAAACUUUCUUACUUGAUAUUGCUUUUUUUUUGAAUACGGUCUAUACAAAUUAUUUACUACCCUAGAUUGUAGGAACCUAAUCUUAUCGCAUCCCAAACAUAAGUACGCCAAAAAAAUACCUCAAAAGAACUUGAAAUUUCCUCAUUUAAAUAAAUUAUAUCACCUUUAAAAGUAAAAAAUCCAGUUGCUUCAUAGAUUCUAAAAGUGAAAGUAAUAGCUCUCAACCAACAUGUUGAAAACUUUAGAGCAUAACAGUGAAGCCUCCAAGGCUAGAUCGCCAUUUCCCAUGAAAAAGUAUGCCACGGAGGGAAAAAAUAUUCCUUUAAAGAAAAAUUGGUCCGAAACCGUUUGUACAUUUACGGAACGCUAUGAAAGUAUUUCGGAAGAAAUUCUAAAUUUCGAAUUAAGGCAAGAUGAUGUCUUUGUGGUGACAUAUAUGAAGUGUGGCACCACCUGGAUGCAGGAGUGUGCCUGGUUGUUAAUGAAUAAUUUGGAUUAUGAGAAAGCGCAAGAGGCGCCGGUUAUGAUAAGAAGUCCUUAUUUAGAAUAUCACUGUUUGGCAUCUUUUAUACAAAAUCACAUAGAAUUGUGCAAAAACUUAACCAGUCCACGUCUCAUUAAAUCCCACUUACCCGCCAAUUUAUUGCCUCUACAAAUUUGGCAGAAGAAACAAAAGAUUAUCUAUGUGGCCCGCAAUGCCAAGGAUGUCAUAGUGUCCUCUUUCCAUUUCGUCAAAAACUUGGGCAUGUGGCGUGGUGAUAAUUUCUCAGAUUAUGUGGAAGAUUUCCUUAACAAUGAAAUACUUUAUGCAAAUUUCUGGUCUCAUAUUGUGGACUUUUGGCAAAUGCGCAAUGAGCCCUUCAUAUUCUUUGUAACCUAUGAAGAAAUGAAACGUGACUUGGAGCAGGUACUAAAAAGACUUAGUACUUUCUUGGAUAAACCUCAAUUAACUAAAGAGGAAAUGGAGGGCCUUUUAAAACAUUUAUCAUUUGAUAGUAUGAAAGAAAAUAAACAAACCAAUUUAACUGAUUUUAUGAGGCAUACCAGCCCCGCUGUCAAUGAAGAUUUUCAAUUCAUGAGACGCGGCAUUGUGGGCUCUUUUAAAGAUGAACUAACUCCCGAGUUAAUUGCUAAAAUUGAUCAAUGGUCUGCUGACUAUUUGGGCCAGCAUGGUCUAAAGGAAGAGGAUAUUUUUGGUAACAUUUAAGACUGAUUAUUUAAGUCAUUUAGAAAUAAGUUAGUUUGUGUUUCAU